AGGUGGGGCGGAGCCAUCACCGGGCUCCCCCCGUCACGCGUGCGAUUUCUCGAGCCGAUCGAGUCCUCGUUACGCAACGCAACCAACCGGGCGUCGGCCAGGGCCGCCAGCCAGCUGAUCGAGGCGGGCGGGCGGCCGCGCCUGGUGGUGACGUGCCAUCUCGAUGGCGUCUCCUCUUCUUCCCCUUCUCGGCCGGCCUUUAUUUGCCGGCCUCGAGCUUCCUCUAGGAGCUUGUGCUACCAGCUAGCGUCAGUAGUGGUGUUCUUGCUAGCAGAGGCGGCCGGCUCGAGGAUGGGGCUCCGCGACUCCGCCGCGCUGGUGGCUCUGGUGCUCGUGGCCACCUGCUCCGUCGCAGUGGCCUACGAUCCCCUGGACCCGAACGGCAACAUCACCAUCAAGUGGGAUGUCAUCUCCUGGACGCCCGACGGAUACGUGGCGAUGGUGACGAUGAGCAACUACCAGAUGUACCGUCACAUCAUGGCGCCCGGGUGGACGGUGGGGUGGUCGUGGGCCAAGAAGGAGGUGAUCUGGUCCAUCGUCGGCGCGCAGGCCACGGAGCAGGGCGACUGCUCCAAGUUCAAGGGCGGCAUCCCGCACUGCUGCAAGCGCACCCCCGCCGUCGUCGACCUCCUCCCGGGCGUCCCCUACAAUCAGCAGAUCGCCAACUGCUGCAAGGCCGGCGUCGUCUCCGCCUACGGCCAGGACCCCGCCGGCUCCGUCUCCGCCUUCCAGGUCUCCGUCGGCCUCGCCGGCACCACCAACAAGACGGUCAAGCUCCCCAAGAACUUCACCCUCCAGGGCCCCGGGCCCGGCUACACCUGCGGCCCCGCCAGGAUCGUCCCCUCCACCGUCUACUUCACCCCCGACCGCCGCCGCAAGACGCAGGCGCUCAUGACGUGGACGGUCACCUGCACCUACUCGCAGCAGCUGGCCUCCAAGUACCCCUCCUGCUGCGUCUCCUUCUCCUCCUUCUACAACAGCACCAUCGUGCCCUGCGCCCGCUGCGCCUGCGGCUGCGGCCACGGCGGACACUCCCCCGGCGGCUGCAUCGCCGGCGACUCCAAGCGGGCGCUCUCCCCCGGCGUCAACACGCCGCGCAAGGACGGCCAGGCGCUGCUCCAGUGCACGCCGCACAUGUGCCCGAUCCGCGUCCACUGGCACGUCAAGCUCAACUACAAGGACUACUGGCGCGCCAAGAUCGCCAUCACCAACUUCAACUACCGGAUGAACUACACGCAGUGGACGCUGGUGGCGCAGCACCCCAACCUGGACAACGUCACCGAGGUCUUCAGCUUCCAGUACAAGCCACUGCUCCCCUACGGCGCCAUCAACGACACCGGCAUGUUCUACGGGCUCAAGUUCUACAAUGACCUGCUCAUGGAGGCCGGGCCCUUCGGCAACGUCCAGUCGGAGGUGCUCAUGCGCAAGGACGCCAGCACCUUCACCUUCAGCCAGGGCUGGGCGUUCCCGCGGAAGAUCUACUUCAACGGCGACGAGUGCAAGAUGCCGCCGCCGGACUCGUACCCCUACCUGCCGAACUCCGCCCCGGUCGCGGCGCCGGCGAUCGCCGCCGCCGCGGCCUCGGCGUUCCUGCUGGCGCUGCUCCUGGUGGCGUGAUCGAUUCAUCGAUAUGAUGAUGAAGGCUUCCACUUCCUUUCUCGUUUUCCAUCCCCAGCGAUGGGCAGCCAGGGAGCAGAGUAGCCAGUUGAGUUUGGCGCUCUGGAGACUGAAACGCUUAGCAAUGUCAUGUGUGUUACCUGUGCAGCUGCAGGUGGGAUCUCCGUGUACAACCGACCGACCAAUCAAGCUGACAGAGAUCCUGGCACUUUUGAGUCUCCAAUUACUUUUUAGACAGCUUGAGUACAAAUGAUAAUACAUAGAGCACAAGUUUUUCCUGUGAUUUCGUCAUGUACACAGAAUGCAGAUUAUUAUUUGUUCGAAUAUAUGAAUCGACUUGCUGAA